GGAUGUUUUCCUGCCCUGGGCACUGAAGUAUGGCUGCUCUGGGCACGAGGCUCUGGCUGCUCCCGGUGACCCUCUGGCUGCUGCCUCUGCUCACAGGUGGGACCCCAGCAGAGAAGAACAGCACUGGGAACAGCACAGAUGGCAUGUGUCCCUCGGUGCACCAGAACGUGCGGUAUGUGGCCGUCAAGAAGAACAUGCCCAUCUACUUCGUGUGCUACUCCCAGAAGCCCCAGGACAUGCAGUGGUACAAGACAGCAGAGAAGAAGGAGGACCUCUCUGUGCUGGAUCAGAACACGGCCAGGUACCACGUCGAGAGGACAAACACCUCCAUCAACCUGACCCUCCUCAGGACCAGCUCCGAGGACAACGGGAUCUACGUGUGUGACAAGAAGGGCCUGACGCAGAAGGAGAAGCUGCAGUCAUGUGGGACAGAGCUCCGGGUCAUGGGUACCAGCAGCAUCAAGCAGUUCCAGAACAGGAACACGCUGAAAGAUGCCAUCAUCAUCAUCCAGUCCAUCCUGCUCGUCGUCUUCAUCAGCAUCCCCAUCCUCCUCUUCCUAGACAAGGGUGAAGAGAAGAAGAGCCCAGAGGAGGACCACACCUAUGAGGGGCUGGAGGUGGAGCAGAUGGCCACCUACGAGGACAUCACUCCUUUCCGGGACGUGAAGGCCAAGUGGACGGUGGGGGAGCGCCCAGGUGAAGAGUGAGGGGUCCUGUGCCCCUGCCAGCCCUGCCAGCCCCCGUGGCGACAGAUCCCCUGGAGCACAGCUCUGCCUGGAGCCCAGGCUGCCAACACCUGCACAGCCCAGGGCUGGGAGCCCGUCUGGGGUGCUCAUGUGUCUGGCCUGUGUCCCCGAGGCUGCCCUGCCCCUUUGUCACUGUCCCCACCCUGCUGACCGACCCCUAAAGCCUCUGUAGA